AUGGAGCUUGUUGGUGGCUCUCUACAAGGCGUGUACAAGGAGUUGCUUCCAUUGGAAAUAAUUGUAGAAAGAUUGGACUGCACAAGUCCAAGCAGGAGCAGGAAGAAGGUGAAUGCUUUGGAUGGAAUAAUCAAAGUUGCUAUUUGGAGAUUUGAAGACUCUUUGGAAUCUCUUCUCAUUCAGCACAUCCCUUCACAAUCUCAAACUCUUCCUGAGAUUGUCUCCAUUGAUCUCCAGAAGCUUAAGGAUAUGAAAAAGGAGUACAUUUGUGAAGUAGAGAAAAUGGCUGAAGACGAACCUGUUUCCUCAAUAAUUGGCUUUCAUGGAACCAACUCGAAGAUGACUGGAUUAUCAGACCAACUCAAAAUCCAACUUAUGAGCCGUGUGUACAUGCUUUAUGGAAUGGCAGGCGUUGGAAAGACCGCUCUUGCAAUCCAAAUUUAUGAAGAUGCAGAAAUUCAGAGCAAAUAUGAGUGUCGCGCAUGGGUUACUGUAGACAGAGUACCUCAACCGACCAGUCAAAUUAAACGAGGCGUUCUAGCUCAACUGUGUGGAAUAACUCCUACUGAAGGAAAUGAAAAAAUAAGUGAUCACUACUUGAAAGAAAAUCUCAAAGGCCAAAAAUGUCUCAUUGUACACUACCUAUAA